AUGGCCAGCUCUCCUGCCCAGCUCCUAGCCCAGGAUCUCCCGCUGCUCCCAGGCCAGGCCCUGCUGCAGGAGUGGGACAGGGUCCCGCCCAGCACGGAGGGGUACAGCAGCUGCUCCCCAACGCCCUCCACUGACUCCUGCGGCCUCUCGCCCCUCUACCCGCUCUGCCAAGCUCCCCAGGAGCCCUGCAGCAGCUGCCCUGCAGCCCCGAGCCUGGUGCUGACACCAAGACCCAGGGCUGGCCUGUGCCCAGCCUACGGGAGCAGGAAGGGCAGCCGGGGCAGGGCGGGUGGUGGGCAGAGGCAGAGCGCCAGCGAGCGGGAGAAGCUGCGCAUGAGAAACCUGUCCAAGGCUCUCCACACCCUGCGACGCUACCUGCCCCCCUCGGUGGCACCGGUUGGCCAGAGCCUGACCAAGAUUGAGACCCUGCGCCUCGCCAUCCGCUACAUCUCCCACCUGUCAGAGCUGCUGGGGCUCAGCGAGGAAACGCUGGCCCAGAGGAGAGAGGGCCCACGCCGGCACUGCCAGCUGUGCCCCGAGGGGCUGGGUUGCUGCCAGGCCACAACCCCUGGCCUCCGGGCAGCAUCUCCAGCCCUGUGGGAGGGGUGCCCCCCAGCCGCAGAAUCCUGGGUGUCGCCCACCUACUGCCCUGCCACAGGAACACCCCCUGACCUGCACAGGGCACUCAGCACAGACACAGCCUCUUGGCUUUCACCCACCUCCUGCCCUGCCGCAGGGACACCCCCUGAGCUGCACAGGGCACGAAUCCUGGAUGCGAGGCCGAUGCUGCUGCCAGCUGAGUUUGCAGACAUGGGUCUGUCCUCCCAGGAGGAGGAAGCCGGCCGGGCCCCACGUGCCCCUGCGAUGAACAUCAGCCAGGGAGCGGGCACGGUGCCCUGCAGCAGCCUCCCGCCCGCCGAGGGCAGCUGUGGGUGGGGCCCCUGGCCCAACAGGACCGAGGGGGCCCUGCAGCUGCCCACCUUCUCCCCCGCCGCCAAGGCCCGCGUCAUCCUCACCUUCGUGCUCCUCACCAUCUCGGCCGCCGGCAACCUGGCGGUGCUGUGGGCGGGCGCGGGCGGGAGGCGCGGGAAGCUCUCGCACAUCCACCUGCUCCUGCUGCACCUGGCGGCGGCCGACCUGCUGGUCACCUUCGUGGUGAUGCCGCUGGACGCCGUCUGGAACAUCACGGUGCAGUGGCAGGCAGGGGACCUGGCCUGCCGCCUCCUCAUGUACCUCAAGCUGCUGGCCAUGUACGCCUCGGCCUUCAUCACCGUGGUCAUCAGCCUGGACCGCCAGGCGGCCAUCCUGCGCCCGCUGGCCAUCGCCCAGGCCCACAGGAGGAACCGCCUCAUGCUGUACGCGGCCUGGCUGCUGAGCGCUGGGCUCUCCCUGCCCCAGCUGUUCCUGUUCCAUACAGUCACCAUCCGCUCCCCGCAGAACUUCACCCAAUGCACCACGCAGGGCAGCUUCCCCCGGCGCUGGCACGAGAUGGCCUACAACAUGCUGGGCUUCACCUGCCUCUUCCUCCUGCCCCUGCUCAUCAUGGUCUGCUGCUACUCCCGCAUCCUGCUGGAGAUCUCCCGCCGCAUGGGCACCAGCCUCUUCUCCAAGGAGGUGCCCCUGCGCCGUUCCACCAACAACAUCCCGCGGGCGCGACUGCGUGUGCUCAAGCUGAGCCUGGUCAUCGUCAGCUCCUUCAUCGUGUGCUGGACGCCCUACUACCUGCUGGGCCUCUGGUACUGGUUCUGCCCCCGCGCCAUGGAGGAGACGGUCUCACAGUCCCUCACCCACAUCCUCUUCAUCUUCGGCCUCCUCAACGCCUGCCUGGACCCCCUCACCUAUGGCCUCUUCACCAUCCCCUUCCACAGGGGGCUGGGGCACUGCUGCUGGGGCGGGCAUGGAGCGGGGCCCGAGCCCUGUUCCCCGCCAACUGGAUCCUCGCGCUGCUCCGCCACCUCCUUGCACGCCAAGCGGGGUGCCACGGCCACUCCGGCACACGAGACGCCCACAGCACAGAGCUACCUGGGCAAUGGGACCAGCAAUGUCAACAGCAGCUACCUGUGA